CAUUUAAAAUUUCUACCCCGGAUCUCCCUCCAUACCCUCCCUAAACCCUUCCCUCGCUCUACUACAGUUACUAGACUAGGUUUUCAGCACAAACCCUCCGUGGCUCCACCACGAUCGAUGGCAGCUCGGUCAUCUUUUGCCGGUAUGGAGGUUCCGAUAAUCGGCAGCGAUUCUAUCAAAUGGUUCAACAUCGCUGUCCCUUCAAUCUCUACUUCUAUGCCGCCUCCACCAUCGCCUGAGCCCUUUGCUCCUCUUACUGUCGACGUAUCAUCAUGCUGCAGUAUUGGAGACCCUCCCACCUAUUUCAUUUGGAGAAUAGACCAGAGUUAUCCAAAUGUCUUGGAGAUAGUCGAAUUCCAUAGUUUUGAAGAAUUUCCAAGGGUUGGAUUGCGGCUUGAAUUCGCUAAUGCUCUAUGUCCAUUUGCUUUUAUAUGCAAAAAAGAGGUCCCUACUUCACUUGAGAACCCAUACAUGCUUUAUGCAUUGACAAUUGCUGGAGUUGCAUACCUUAUUAGACUGACUGAUAUAACUAACUAUGCAUCAUGCACUGCUUUCCCACCAAGUGAUGUUGUUGAGUUUUCUAUUCAAAAUUAUGGUGAUUAUGGAGCAAUUACAGCCAUAUCAGCAACCAUGGGGUGUCUUGUAAUAGGUGGAAGGACUGGAUUGGUUGGUUGUUUCCGACUUGGCUUUCUUGAUUCUAGUGAUCCAGGUUUUCUGCAUGAACUACGAGAUGAUUCCAGUUUUGGUCGAUUGUGGAGUUUAAUGUCGAGGAGGACCAUAGCUCCUGUGAAGGAUCUGGUAUGUUUACAUAUUCAAGGGAAAAGGUUUCUCCUUGUGCUACAUUUAGAUGGAGUUUUACAAUUGUGGGACCUUUUGAGCUUUAGCAGACUUCUGAGUUAUACCAUGAAUGCUUCCACAUUGGAAGGAGCUACAUUCAUGAGGUUAUGGGCAGGAGAAAAUAUCCAUGAUACAAGUAUAGUACCUCUUGCAGUUCUGCAUAAGCCUAAGCCGGAAGUUGAUAGAGAGGUGAUAUCUGUAUACAAUUUGCAUUUUAGUCUGGGAGGGAAGACUAAUUAUUUUGUUGAGCCUUCAACAAUGAACAUUUCCAUGGAAGGGGGUCCACUCAUUGAUGUCAAACUUUCUUCAAAUAAAAUUUGGAUACUCAAAGAACAGGGACUGGUUUUGCACAACUUGUUAAGUCCACGUGAGAGUGGGGAAUUCGAGCAACGCUUUUGCUUACAGGAAACAGUUGUUGCUGAACAACUAUUUCAAACUUCUAACCAUGCUGCAUAUGAUCUUCUUUGGCUUGCUCAUUCACUAUAUUCAUCCACAAAGGACCAAAUUGCCCCUCAUGUGUCUUCAGUCUUCAUGCGUAUGCUAUUUCUUCCAGGCAUUUUCCAUAAUUCUGUUAUCCGAGAAACACUACAAGAUCAUAACAGACACUUCACUGAUUCUGAGUUUCACUCUUUAACUGCUGAUGGACUAAAAAAGGAGAUUAUUUCUCUAAUUGAGCAUGAGGGUGUUUCCAGGAAUCCACUUUCACUUAUAAACUGCUGGAGAAGCUUCUGUGAACACUAUUUUUACAAUUGGGAUAAGAAGAAUGCAGCAUGUGGAUUACUUCUUGAUUCAUCAAGUGGUGCCAUUGGUUUAAUAAGAAAAUCAUCAGUUUCUCUAUUGCGUUGUUUGGAGGAUAUAGAGCUUCUUGCCCUUGGAUCUUUUGAUGAACUUGGUGAAUCUGCAAGCUCAAGGAUCAACUUAUCAAAUGAUCUUGAACAGGAAUUACUUUGUGAGGUUUUGUCAUGCACAAAUAGUCUUAGCCAACAGCUAGGAAAAGGCACCCCUGCUUUAUUUUACGAAUCUUUCUUCAGUGAACAAUCUAUGUCCCCUGAAGACAUUGUUGGACGUUUCUUGAAGGUUCUAGAAACCGGAUACACUUCUUCAAUAGCAGCUGUUCAUGUCUCAGAGUUAGGUGUUGAUAAUGCUUGGAAAAAGGAAAUUGAUGACCACAAAGCAUUAAGGAAGUUCUCUGUGCAUAUGUUCUUAUCUCUUCAUGGUCUCUACAAAAAAGCUUCAACAUGGGACAAAGUUGUAGAUGUUGUAUUGAAAUACUUGAACUAUUUAGUGCCUCAAAAGAAUGAACAGAAAUUGGGUUCUGAAGCUGUUUUUGAUAUUAGUACUUGCAUAACAGUUCAAGCAACUUCACAAGUUGCUCAAGUGAUGUUUGAAUCUGCAGUGGGGAUACUAUUGCUGCUGAGCUACAUGGUGAAGUUGGGUGGCCAGAUAAAUAUGUCACCUGAUGAUGUUUCCAGGGUGCAACUCGAAUUAUUUCCAUUGAUCCAAGAAAUUAUUACUGAGUGGCAUAUAAUACAUUUCUUCUCAACCACACCUUCUGAAUCACCUGCCAUAGAAGAUUUCAGUUCUCAACUCUCUUUAUUACAAAUUGAUAGCAGCAUUGAUCGAAGAUCAUGGAAUGACAAGCUUGGAAAAUGUGACUUUACAUUGGCUUUUAUUCUGUUGCUUGAUCAUCAAAGUUUUUUCAAAGAUCAAAACCGUGUUGAUUCAAAACACCUUCCAAAUCCCACCUCUUUCAUUGCUCCAGUAAGAAACUUCAUAAGCCGGAUAGUUUGGGGAAGGAGUGAUGACGUGUCAUCUUCUUUUUCUACUCACUCAACUAUGCUUGCUUUGAUCUUGCUUAAACAUGGGCAGUUUGAUGCUGUUGAGCAUCUUCUUACUAUGGUGAACCAAAAUAUACUGAAGGAGAAAACAUCUAGUGGUAUUCAGGGUGUAAACAAUGAAUGGUGCACACUUCUUCACCUUCUUGGCUGUUGUCUUCUUUCACAAGCACAUCGUCAAGCACCACGGGGUUCUACUGAAAAGAAAGUUAAUGAAGCUAUUUCUUGCUUUUUUAGAGCUGCAUCUUUGCAAGGGGCAUCAAAGUCAUUGCAGAAUUUAUCAUAUGAAUCCGGAAUGCCUCACCUUGGCAUCUCUGAUCACGUCUCCCCUGCAGCAUGGAAACUUCAUUACUAUCAAUGGGCAAUGCAGAUAUUUGAGCAAUAUAAUAUGAGCGCAGGAGCAUGCCAAUUUGCCCUUGCUGCACUUGAACAAGUUGAUGAAGUUUUGGGCCUUAAAGACACUUAUUCAGGGGCAGAUUUUCUCAACGAAUCUCCAAAUAUUGCUAAAGGAAGACUUUGGGCCAAUGUAUUCAAGUUUACACUUGAUUUGAGCAAUUACCAUGAUGCUUAUUGUGCCAUUAUUUCAAAUCCAGAUGAAGAAAGCAAAUACAUCUGCUUGAGGCGUUUUAUCAUCGUUCUUUAUGAGCGUGGUGCAACUAAGAUUCUUUGUGAUGGCCAAUUACCAUUAAUUGGUUUAGCUGAGAAAGUAGAGCAGGAGCUUGCUUGGAAGGCAGAGCGUUCAGAUGUUUUGGUGAAACCAAACCCUUAUAAAUUACUAUAUGCCUUUGAAAUGCAUCAGCAUAAUUGGCGUAAGGCUGCAACUUAUAUGUAUCUUCAUUCACUUCAACUGAAAAAUGAAGCAACUUUAAAAGAUUGCCAGCUCAGAUCAUUGACUUUACAAGAAAGACUGAAUUGUCUUUCUGCCACUAUAAAUGCACUUCAUCUUGUCCAUCCAUCGUGUGCAUGGAUCACUCCUUCACUUCAAGGGAAGUCUAAUCAUAAAGACUUAUAUCCAAGUAAAAAGGCGAGAAUUACAGUUCAAGAUCAGGAACCUAAUGAUCAUAUCCCUGGUCAGAAACUGGAUUCUUGUAUGGAUAUUGAGAAACUUGAAAAUGAGUUUGUGCUGACAUCAGCGGAGUAUUUGCUUUCGUUGGCAAAUAUUAAAUGGACAUUUACUGGGAUUGAGAAACCUCCACCAAACUUGGUUGAGUUGUUGGUUCAGUCAAAUCUAUAUGAUAUGGUUUUCACAGUAAUUCUUAAAUUCUUUAAGGGUUCAGAAUUAAAGAGGGAACUGGAAAGAGUUUUUAUUGCCAUGUCACUCAAAUGCUGUCCUACCAGGGAUAAUUUUAAAAAGCAGAGUCUGCUUCUGACAUCAUCAAACAACGAGGCUGUUCAUGAUUCUCAUGACAUGGUUUCUGCAACACAAUAUUCAAAGGGAAAUGACCAGUGGGAUGCACUUGAGCAAUACAUAGAAAAAUAUAAAAGUUUUCAUCCAAGAUUGCCAGUUAUUGUUGCAGAAACCCUUCUAUAUGCUGAUCGACUGAUUGAACUCCCUCUUUGGCUUGUCCAGAUGUUCAAGGGGAAAGUGAAGGGAAGUUGGGGCAUGUCUGGGGCUGAAUCAAGCCCUGCAUCAUUGUUCCAACUUUAUGUUGAUUAUGGGAGAUAUCCAGAGGCUACUAAUCUCCUGCUUCAUUAUAUUGAAUCCCUUGCAUCACUGAGACCAGCUGAUGUUGUUGGUAGGAAGAGAACAUCUGCAGUCUGGUUUCCAUACACAACAAUCGAACGGUUGUGGUGUAAGCUUGGGGACUUAAUCAGUUCAGACCAUAUGGUUGAUCAAUGUGAAAAGCUAAGAAGCCUCUUACAAACAGCUCUACUCAAGCACUUUCAUCAGCUAAAAGUGGAUUCAGACGAUGUGAUGGCCUCUGCAACCUCUUAAUUGAUAAUCAGAUUAUCUAAUCACACUCUAAAUGUAAAAGUUCCUUGUCGUUGUAACAUUACAUAUGACAUAUCCAAACAAAUAUAUCAUCCUUGAUUUUACAAGUUCAUAGUUUCAAGGGCAGGACAAACGGUUUUAAUA